ACCUAAAAAAAUCCACUGUUUUUGAAAUGCUAAGAUGUGUGCCCAUAGAUAACGCAUCAUAAUCCGUAACCCCGAUCCCACGAAUAUCCAAUAUUCAAGUCUUCAAACAAUCUUGAAUUCUUGAUUAGACAUGAUCGAGCCUAGGUCCCUCCUAAUUACUUCACAUAUCAUUAUUUUAUGAUAAAGAAGAAAUCCCAAAAGGCAGCUACAAAUGUACUCACUGUCCAUUCUCCAUCCACAAUCUUAUACAUAUAUAACCUUUCAAUAGCACAAAAUCACAACCUAAUUUGCUCAGCUGUUCGCUGGAGAAAAUCAGAAAGCCCCUCUCUGUAAAUACUUUUAUCUAAGUUUUCCGGCAUGGGUUCCGGUCGGUUCGUUCUCCUUUUAGUCUUCUCGAGUCUCAUAUUUGGCGUCUUUUCACAGCCAGUGCUCAAAAUCCUGCCGGAAAUCCGAAAAUCCGCUAGAGUGGACCCUAUCGCCGGUGACCGCAAGAUCCGAGUAGACGAUGGGAUGUUUUGCGACAGUUGGAGGUUCUCGGUCGAGACCAAUGACGCCGGGCUCUGGAAGCAGAUCCCGGAGAGGUGCGUCAAUUUCGUGAAAGAAUACGUGACGGGCGAUCGUUACGCGUCGGAUUCAGUCGUGGUCGCCGAGGAUUCGUUAUCAUUCGCGAAGACAGUUAAGGUGUCGGGGCACGGGAAGGACGUCUGGGUAUUCGACAUCGAUGAAACUUUGCUCUCGAACUUGCCGUAUUACGAACUUCACGGUUUCGGAUCGGAGGAGUUUGACGAAAAGUCAUUCGAUGAGUGGGUGGAACUGGCGGAAGCGCCGGCUUUACCAGCUAGUCUGAGGCUAUACAAGCAACUCCAGCAGCUUGGGUUUACGGUGGUUCUUCUUACGGGACGGACCGAAGCUCAGAGGAACGUCACAGAGAAAAACCUUCUAUUCGCCGGGUACAGCAACUGGGAAAGGCUUAUCUUACGGGGACCUUCAGAUGAGGGCAAAAUUGCGCUGGUCUAUAAAUCAGAGAAGAGAAUGCAAUUAGAGGAAGAAGGGUACAGGAUUCAUGGGAGCUCUGGUGAUCAAUGGAGCGAUCUAUUGGGUUUUGCCAUGGCGAAACGAUCCUUCAAACUCCCAAAUCCCAUGUACUACAUCGCAUAAAAAAUUUGAAAGAAAUAAACCGCUUGGUAGUAUUUGUGGUGCAAUUCUGCUUAUUUAUAAUUAUCUUCAUUAUAAAUUGUUCUGUGUCAAUAAUCGAGAUUUCUUGAAGAAACUUCUCAUAUUCAACUA